AGUGGCCAGGUAGGAAUUGGCCCCCCAAUAAAAUGCACUACGCUAGCUGUGAAUGCCAAUAGUGAGCUACUAAUAGGAGGCUCAAGGAAGUGUUUCAUUAACGGUAUCCUGAGUGGUGAGUUCACACCUACAGGAGACAUUGUUGAGAAAAGAGGCGAUGAGUUCUUCAUUGUUGGUAGAAUUGAUGAUCAGGUCAAAGUUAAUGGUAUUCGUUGCAAUCUCGCCUUUCUCUCCGAGCAAGCUGCGAGUUUAGAUGGUGUUACUUUUGCGCAGUUUCUACUGUAUAAGGAGAAGUUCCUAAUAUUAUUCGUUGUAUCUGUUUUACCAUUGGGAAGCUCUUUGAGAGAAAUUCUUCCCCAUACACAUUAUCCUUCAAAGGUAGUUUAUCUGGAUAAUAUUCCAGUAAAUUCCAAUGAGCAUUUAGGAAAAACUGAUCGCUCGCGCUUAAUUGGAAUUUUGGAGGAGGAGUGCCAAACUCAGAUGAAGUCCUUCAGCUCUGUCAUCGAAUUUCUGAAGAAAUUUCGCAUAACAUCUACUGUUGACUUCUCAUUCCACUCUUUCCUUGACUAUGGGAUUCGUUCUACUGAAGCGGCCGAGAUAGCACUACAUUUGGGAAAAGUAGAAGCAUUGCACGACAUCUUGUCUCCUCAAAACACUAUAGCUAAGGUGCUUAAAAAGUAUUGGGCCGGAUUAUGCCGUGCGUCAGAUCAGGACAGAGUCACUCCGAGUAAUGUUGCCAAAGACUUGGUGAUAACUGUAGAUCCACAACCGAUUACAAAUUGGGCCUUCUACACUGGAAAGUGUAUCGACAGCACGCCACUGCUGGUUAAAAUACCCGAAGAAGUCUAUGUUGUCGCUGCUUCUCAUUCUGGUCUUGUCGUAUGCAUUCGCGUCAAGGAUGGCUUCUGUCGGUGGGAGAAUCGGCUCCAGUGUCGAUUUGAGGCUUCCGUGACACUCUGUGAUAACUAUGUUGUCGUGGGUGGAUUAGAUGGGUGUAUCUAUUUCUUGUCUGUAUUUACGGGUUCUUCGGAAUGGAAAUUUUCUACCGGUGAUAUUGUCAAAGCAGCAUGUGUGACAGAUGAGAAUGGAUUUGUCUACGUUCCAUCAUACGAUAAGAACCUCUAUAAACUCAACAGCAAGCUCAAAAAUUGCUGCUGGUCCCGCAAAAUCCAAAGUGGUUCUCCAGCGAAGGUAGUUUUCUGGAAUGAAUCUGUUUUUGUGACAACCAUUAGAGGCAGUGUUGAAGCUUUUGAUUCGGUCAGUUUCGCUUCCAAAAGCCCACGCGUUUCUUCAGGAUACCGUCUGAUUCUCCAAUAUUUUCGUCCGUUACACUUCUCAACGAACAUUGGUUAUGUCUCAUCAGUUGACGGUACCAUAACCAAAAUACGAUUAGACAGCGGAAUGAAGGAAUGCGUUGUCACGAUCAUGGAGCCUAUAUUUGCUUCUGUAGCCAUUUUCGACGAUUACGUCUACGCCGUCACAGAACGAGGCUGCUUAUUUACUAUGAAUAGGGAUCUUCGCGUUAUUCGUUGUUUCCGCUUUAUAGGGUGCUCUUUCGUAGUGCCUCCGCAUUGCAUUGCUCCCUCUGUGUUUGUUCUUGUGUCCUCCCCAGGAAUGCUAGUUGUUUUCUCGGAAAUUGAAGACGGAGUGCACGGCUUUUGUCUGGGGAACGGUAGUGUUUUUUCCAACGCAGGUCAAAUGGGAGGGUUCGAUAAAGCGCUGUUUGACAGAGAAACAUCUCGCAAUUUCGAUUCGAAGGAAAUUGCUGCAGUUACGGCUAGCUAUGAGAAAGAAGCUGCAAACUUAGUGAAGCUGAAAGAAGAGGUGCGAAAGGUUGUUGGCUACAUUGAUCUGACCACGCUGGCCGGAGAUGACACCAAAAGUAGAGUUGUGGCGCUUGUGGACAAAGCAUUGUCUCCAGUUCCUGGUGACUCUUCGACUACUUGUGCUGCGGUAUGUGUUUAUCCGCAACGAGUGCACGAUGUGGUGCAACAUCUGAACGGUACAAAGAGGAAGUUCAAUGUUGCAGCGGUUGCCGCAGGUUUCCCAUCAGGGCAAUACCAUUUGAAGUCGAAGCUGUUAGAAGUGGAGUUGACAGUAGCUGACGGUGCUACAGAGAUAGAUAUUGUCAUAAGUCGUGCCGCAGCUCUCGAGGGCGAUUGGAAAACUGUCUAUGAUGAGGUAUCGGCACUCAAAACAGCAUGUGGCAACGCCCAUCUCAAGACAAUUUUAGCCACUGGUGAACUGAAAACGUUGGCAAAUGUUUACAAAGCGAGUUGGGCUAGUAUUUUAGCAGUUGCCGCAGGUUUCCCAUCAGGGCAAUACCAUUUGAAGUCGAAGCUGUUAGAAGUGGAGUUGACAGUAGCUGACGGUGCUACAGAGAUAGAUAUUGUCAUAAGUCGUGCCGCAGCUCUCGAGGGCGAUUGGAAAACUGUCUAUGAUGAGGUAUCGGCACUCAAAACAGCAUGUGGCAACGCCCAUCUCAAGACAAUUUUAGCCACUGGUGAACUGAAAACGUUGGCAAAUGUUUACAAAGCGAGUUGGGCUAGUAUUUUAGCAGGCUCUGACUUCAUCAAAACUUCAACCGGGAAAGAAACCACAAACGCAACUUUGGAAGUCGCAUUUGUUAUGUGUUCAGCUAUCAAGAGAUGGCACGAACUUACAGGCAAAAAGGUUGGCUUCAAACCAGCGGGAGGGAUCAAAACACCAUCGGAGGCUCUUUCAUAUGUCGCUCUUAUCAAGGAUGUUUUCCCUAUGCGUGUGACAUUUCUACAUCCUGACUUGGGCAUUGGUGGUGCUGAGCGACUCGUUGUGGAUGCGGCCGUGGCACUGCACAACAAAGGCCAUCAAGUUAAGAUUGUGACGAGCCAGUUCGAUCCGAAUCAUGCGUUCAAGGAAACACAAGAUCUAGAUAUAAUGGUAAUUCGGUGGUUUCCUCGCACGAUUUUCGGUUUUAUGUGGGCCCUGUGCGCUUAUAUUAGGAUGUGCCUUGCUGCAAUCUACGUUUCUUUCUGCAUUGAUAGUGACGUCAUCAUUUGUGAUCAGGUCUCAGCGGCUUUAAUAGUACUGCGUUGUCUAUCCCGUUCUCGACUUAUAUUUUAUUGUCAUUUCCCAGACAUGUUGCUUACAACAAGGGAAUCUUUCUUGAAAGCCCUAUACAGGUAUUUUCUUGACGCCAUCGAAGAGUUUUCAAUUGGACUUGCGGAUGUAAUCUGCGUCAACAGCUUAUUCACUGCAUCAGUGGUUAAAAAGACGUUCAGGUCUCUCCAGAAUCGUGAACUCACAGUGCUUUAUCCCACACUCAACACAGAAUUCUUCGAUGGCAGCUGCUACUGUGAUAUUCCUGAAAUUCCGCCCACGGCUGAACACGUCUUCACUUCUCUUAAUCGAUUCGAAGUUAAAAAGAACGUGAAACUCGCAAUCGAAGCAUUUGCUGCUCUUCGAUCGAUGGUCUCUGAAGAAGAAUUCGCAUGCUGCCAUCUAGUCGUGGCAGGUGGGUACGAUCGGUUGAACGUCGAAAAUAUCGUCCACUUCAACGAGCUCAUCGAAUGCGUUUCUAAAAUGGAUUUGAGUCCCAGUCAGGUGACGUUCUUGCGUUCCCCUUGUGAGUGC